AUGCUGUCGAAGGAACAGCAGAUGGUCAUUGGCAAGGUCAUCCCUUGGCUGAACGAUUUUUUCGGAGGCUCCGGCGAUCCUGAACAAACUGAUGCAGUGGAGAUCUGCACUGGGCUCAGUGAUUUCCUGAUCGCAAACUUCGGCACAGACACACAAAGCUUGAAGAACAUGUUCCUGGCUGUGCAGAAAAGGCUGCAUGGCAUGGAUGUCGGGUGGGUCUUCAGAGUGACAGGCGCCGAUGAUCGAGUACCACUGGUCGAACAGGAUGUGACGCAGCAGCUCGUGCUCAUGCCAUGGCAUUUAAGUUUUCGGCCAGAACAUUCUCAGAAGGGCAAGAGCAAAAUGCUCAACAUCAUCCGGUGCGCUGCUGACUUUCUAGAAAAACCCUAUGAUAGCUUGACAAAUCCGAUUCAACUCUGGCUUCCUCCAGGGCUGCCUGCUGCCGGAGAACCUCUGCCGGACUUCGCCCUCGGCCAUUCGAUCGGCUUCACAAAGAGCUUAGCGAUCAAGGCGAUCCUCUUUGCAGUCCACAAGAUGAAGGACCUAUCAGACGAGGAUGUGAAGCACAUUCUGCCACAGCUGCAGGCCUUGUACAACUUUCGCUGCACAUGCCACACGACAGGCAGCAGCAAGUUUGACAGGUUCCGGUCCCUGCAGGACAAGUUCGCAGAAGCAGCUCGACCAAGGCCAGAUCCCAUUCAGGUUUCGACAUUGCUCAUGGCACAAGCGAAAGAGGAAGGUCUUGCAUGGACUGAAUGUGCAAGUUUCAUGAUCGACGACUUCAAUGGUGGCUCGACCAACGACGCCAAGAAGCUUUCAGAGCUGGAGACCAGCAUAGUCGUCAUCUAUCCCAGCCUCGACUUGGACACCCAGCAGCUCAUCGACUACCACUGGCAGCUGUAUGCACCCAAACAGUCUGCCAUUCCUUACAAGGCCUUGGCGACCACUGCGUUUUUCCAAGGCAGACAAUCGCAAGAGGUACGGUUCGUGAGGCGGAAGGUGCAGUACUUUCUCUUCAAGCUGCAAGAUGCCAAGCGGUUGAAGAAGAAGAUCAACUUGGCCACAGGCUACCUGGACGUCGAGCUCUUCGAAAAGUUCCGUGUCAUGAACCCACAGCUGAAGGUGGAGAACUUCAGAUUUCUGGCAGAUGUCGGUGCGAAGGUCGCUUCCGGAGUCCCCGAUUCCCAGAUCUCAGAGUCCGACGCUGACCUCGAUGUGCAGAAGGCAGAGCUUGCAAAAGCGAUGGCCAAAGUCGCCAAGGAGGUGGCCGGGUGGUCCAGCUACCAGGAGAAGAAAUCCGACUUCGCUCGGAGUGCGAAAGGUCUCGCAGCAGAAGCCCAGGACGAGCAAAAGGCUCUCCAGAAGCAGGCCGUGGAGAAGUGGCAGGAAAACCGGUAUCCGGUUCGGGACUUGCAGGAGGCCUCCCACGCAAUCACAUUUGCUGAAACCUGUGUUCGCAAGUUCCAGGAUGAGCAGAGCAUUCCUGAUUGCAACAUGUUCAAGGUCUUCUGGAUGAACCCAAGUGUGCUUGGCUACGACUCCUACAGCGGUAUGCAAGCUGCUGUCGCAACCUACGCUCCGCUGGUCGCGGAAGAUCCGGCCAAGACUGUGAUGAUCAUCGCGGAAUACGUCGAGGCCAAUGUCGGGGAGGCCACACAGAAGAUCUCCGAGUGUCUGUCCCAGCCGGAGAACCGACUUCUCGUUCGCGAGGUCCUGAUGUGCUUCGACCAGAACAGCAUCCCGGCGCAAUCCAAAAGGCCGGGCUUCCACAAGUUCUUUAUUGCCCUCUCUGACCAGUGCGACAAGGAGGGCCGCUUGAUCUCGGAGUUUUCAAAGUCGGCGCUUUGGAAACGGCAGAUGCUUCCGGUGACUGUGAAGAACUCCGUGACGCCGAUUCCCAUGUUGGCCCAGAAAGACAUGGUUGACCCACGCCGAGGUUUCAGCCAAGCUGGUGUUGUUACAGACCUUGCCAGCAAGCCGUCUCGACGCAAGCAGUGGAUUGCAGGAUUCAACAUUCCGGGAGCGUUCCACGAUGCUCUGUGGCAGGGUCUCACACUUCAACAGCCAUCAGGUGUUUCUUGGGUGGAUGUGUUCGCCUACGACCACUCUGUGGCCGAAGCAUUGAUGAGACGUGCUGCAAGUCCAGCUGUUCCCGCCCCACAAGGAAUCUAUGUUGGUGUCGUGUGGGCUGACACGAACAGUCGAGACGACAAACACACAGAGAAGGGGGCUGCGAUUGAUUCGAGAAAAGAGAACGCAAAGAUCUCACGCUGGCUACAGUCGUCCAUCCGCCGAAAGUUGCAGUACCUCGCACAGGAGAAGGUCAUCUCAAUUCCGGACUGGAAGCCACUCGUGUCUUUCAAGGACAUGCGGGAAGUACCCGCCGUUCAGGAGAAGGAUUUCGUGGCCACCUUCCCGGGAGCAGCGGACACCAUCCCUUUCAAGGCCACCUACCUGGAGGAGAUGGACAAGAAGCUUAACAACCCUGAUCUCCGAGACCAGUGGGACCGCUUCGUCAAGGAUCACAACGAAUGCUACAACAAGAGCGGAAAGCCGCACCAGGGUGAGAAGCGUUCCGCUGACGAGGCGGCCGGCGGGCCACCGCAAAAGAAGGCGAGACUCCUGAGUUCAGAGUCCCUGAACCCAGAGUCCCUGACCGUGGAGCAAGUGAAGGAGAAGGAAGGGCCGGUGGUGGAGAUUGACCAGAAGACCUACAAGAUUUUCUUCACAUCCAAGGGUUCCAUUUGGAUCCAGACCACGUCGUGCGAGGUGGAGCUGGACGACACCAGUCCUCUGGCCCUGACUUUUGGCAAGUUCAAGAUCAAUGAGGAAGCGGAGGCGGCUCUCAAGGGCGACAAGGUGGAGAUGAUGGACGUUGGUUUCGGCAGCGACGUGGACAUGUGUGGAGCUCGCAAGCUUUCAGACAACAAGCCGGAAAUCUCGCCGUUGAAGACACUUCGCGCACACUUGCAGUUGAUGGAAGAGAAGAAAAUGGAUGUCACCAGCAUCGAGUUUGCCUGUCACAAAUUGAAGCCCAGGGUUGAGAAGGACUCAGCUGGCGAUGCUCAGGAUCGUGUUUUCGAUGUGAAGAAGUGCGAUCCUUGUGUUUUCAUCCCUCAGCCGACCCCGCGCAAGAUCACGAACAAGAAAGCCCAGCCUGAUUGGGACGACGUGGGCAGCAUUGCCCUCACCUCACCCGACACCAAGGCAGGCUGGAACCUGAAGGAUGGCAGCCAUGUCGAAGGCUUGGUUUCUUUGAAGCAGCGCUGGGUUUUGAUGGACAACGACCAAGGCCUCACUUUCAACCCAGAGAAACCUGGGAUUUAUUUGACAGGGCCUAUCAAGAUUGAGGCCAAGAAGCUGGUCCGUGUAGCCUGA